UUGAAUGACCUGAAAAUGGAUCCAUCUUCUGCGUUACCAGCAACCAUUUUAGAGCAAACUGCCUUGCGGCUAGGAUGCAGUCCCGCAGACAAGAAACUUGCUUUUCACUUAGAUGAAGAAGAUGAGUUAAAGCAUCUUCGUGAAUGUUUCUGUAUCCCAAAAGUCAAGGAUCUGCCUCCAACUGAUCUGAGCCUGGUGAACGGGGAGGAGAGCUGCGUAUACUUUGCUGGGAAUUCUCUCGGGCUCCAGCCAAGAAAAGUUAAAACUUACUUGGAUGAAGAACUGGACAAGUGGGCUCGAACAGGUGUUCAUGGCCAUUUCAAUGGUCAGCGCCCAUGGGCUUUGGCAGACGAGUGCAUCCUGGACCUGAUGGCUGAGCUGGUUGGGGCCCAAAGACAUGAAGUAGCCCUAAUGAAUGGCCUAACUGUUAACUUGCACCUCCUGAUGCUAUCUUUCUUUAAGCCUACUCCAAGACGCUAUAAAAUUCUUCUAGAAGCCAGAGCCUUUCCCUCUGACCAUUACGCUGUUGAGUCCCAACUUCGACUUCAUGGACUUGAUGUGGAGAAAUGCAUGCUCGUGAUACAGCCACGGGAGGGGGAGGACACCUUGAGGAUUGAAGAUAUCCUUGCUGUAAUUGAGAAGGAAGGGGACUCUAUUGCUGUCAUUCUGUUCAGUGGGGUGCAGUACUACACUGGACAGUUGUUUGACAUCCAUAGAAUAACAAAAGCUGGCCAAGAAAAGGGUUGCUUUGUUGGAUUUGACCUGGCUCAUGCUGUUGGGAAUGUAGAGCUUCAUUUGCAUGACUGGGGAGUAGAUUUUGCCUGCUGGUGCUCCUACAAGUAUUUAAAUUCUGGAGCAGGAGGCCUUGCUGGUGCCUACAUUCAUGAGAAACAUUCCCAGAGUAUUAAACCAGCACUAAUCGGCUGGUGGGGUCAUGACUUCAAAACACGUUUCCUCAUGGAAAACAAAUUACAACUAAGUGAAGGAAUUAAUGGAUUUCGGUUAUCGAAUCCCCCAAUUUUACUGGUCUGUGCUCUGCAAGCUAGUUUAGAGGUUUUUGGUCAAACUACAAUGAAAGCAUUGAGAAGGAAAUCUGUUCUACUCACCGGUUACUUGGAAUACCUGAUAAAGCAUUACUACAGUGAGGAUAAAACAAAUCCGGAGAAGCCCUUUGUGAAAAUAAUCACACCAUCUCAGAUUGAGGAAAGAGGAUGCCAGCUUACGUUAUCUUUUUCCCUUCCAAUCAAAUCUGUGUUUAAAGAGCUGGAGAAGAGAGGAGUAGCUUGUGACAUGCGAGAACCAAAUGCUCUUCGCGUUGCUCCAGUUCCUCUCUACAAUUCUUUCCAUGAUGUGCACAGAUUUCUUGACAUCCUGGGAUCUGCAAUUACAUCUUCAAAACAAAGAGCAAACAAUACUGUGCUAUCUGGUUCUUAUUGA